GAAAGAUGGUUCGAGAUUUGAGAGAGACGGUCAGCCAUAUGCGGGUGCUUCUGACAGAGAAAUGUUAUGUCGUGGAGGAAGAGCGCGGGGGAAGAGAGUGGGUAUUUGUGGGGAAAUCGUCCUCGUUUCGGCAACAGAGGUGGCCGAAGCCGGUCACGGGAACGCGUGGCUUUGACAUCGCGUGACCUGAUGAUCAUUACCCGUAACCGGAGGCGGCCGAAAUGCCUUCGUUUCCACUGCAUGAUCUGUCGCGGACAGCUGCGUCCGCUCGAUUCGCGAAGAGAUCUGCCACCGCUUGUGUCACCGCCUAAGGCGAAGAGGAUGUAUUCUCGUCGUUGGCUCCUGUCGCAUUUCUAGUCUGAGCCCUAGUUCUUCCCAAACCAACUCAACUGGCAGCCGAAGAGGACUAGUAUUCCGGAAGCACUAGACAGUGCUCUCGCCAUGCGGAGAGAGGGGAUGAGCGAAAUUCGCCUUAGGGGAACGUGGCGCUGCAUGUUUGGGACUCAAGUGUGGCGAUGUGCCUCCAGUCAUGUACAUCACAUCCCUUUGAGCAGCCGCGCUUCGUUCCAAACUUGGAUAUUCAUCCAUUUCGGCCUUCAUUGACUGGAGUUCGAUGGGGGACCGAUGCUCGCGUAUCUCACACGGGCUCGGCUAUGCACAUCUUCUGCUUCCCACUCCCUCCACUCCCUCUCCUCUCUGCACUCUACCUCACCUUCUGAUCCGUUCUUUCUAUCUUGGGAAGCGACCGCCAACAAAGGGUACAAAGCCGCGAUGAUCGAUGAAAACGUCCAUGACAUUCGGAGCGGGAUGGCUCACCGUUAGUGGGAAGACAACGCACACACACGUGCUCGGCAUGGAACAGCCUGAGCAGAUAACGUCACGACAGGCGGUGGUCCCUGACAUGCUGAUACACCAGGCAUGAUGAUGCAUGAUUCGAAUCGGCGAGAGCACGGCUGACGGAGAAGACAUUGAAACAAUCGGGCCCGGAAGCAAGCGAGACUGGCCUUGUCCCUUGAAGUUGUCCUUCUCCGAAUCGCACUACAUAAGGCUCUCACCUCACUAGAUAACACCCCCAUUGAUCUAGAGCGAAGCUAGUCCUAUCCAUCUUCGGCGACCGGUUACAAUCAGUGCCUACACGCGCAUUCACUCACCUCGCCUCGCGUCUUUUUUAUCAAGAACAGCAUCCCACUUGCUCCCACACUCGUUUCUCUCUCUCUCUCACCCUUUCCGCUACAACGACCAUGUCCAUGUACCCGCGACCGCCCACACCCAUCGAUCGACCAUCGUCUCCAGGGGCACUUCCCUCCGCGGUCCCCUCGGCUGCGGACUCGUACGCACACUCGCAGCUGGCGUCGCUGCUCAACUUCCGCCCCUCGUCUCGAGACCUCAUCAGCGGGAUUGCGCCUCACGUCUACGAGGAGUCGGGGGAAGCGCUGCGCAGACUGGCUUACCGGUCGCGGUCGCGGCGGCGGCGACGAAGUCCUAGCCCCGGGCAGGACUGUCGCCGACGCACUGGCGGUGGCGGUGCCGCCAGAAUUUUAGAAGUCAGGCAGAGCCCGUUGAGGGUGUCGCCAGUCCUGUCAUUUGAAGACAUGUACGGGAAAGCCGGCAGCCAGGAGAGUAUAGUGUUAGAAGUGACGGAGAUUGUGGUGCCUGUCCUGGCUGCAGUGCCCCCUCCCGCGCGACCGGAGCAACCGAUAGCUGAGAAGAUGGUCUCCGCUACUACAGGAAAGAAGACAAAACGAAACAGUUUCCGCAUCGACCGUGUGUUCAAGUCAGUGCACCCCGUUUCUCAGCAUCAGCUUCCAGUGCUCAAACUUGUGUGGCAGAACUUUUGUUCUCCGCCUAAAAUAACUCGCGCUCUUCUUGUUGUCUUCCAUUCACAUACGCAUUCCUACUCCAUACCAUCCAACAAUGUACAAACAAUCUGUAAAUGUAUGUAAUGCCCGGCCAGCUAUGAUUCAGUUACGUAUGGGCCUGUGGCUCCCCCGAAUACAGCCC